AUGCCAAACCAGCAGGAACAACCCACCAUCGCUCAAAGAGUCAAUCACAUCAGAGAAGCAUGGCAUGAAGGUCGUCCUGCCUACGGCGCCAUCACCAAAGCACCUGGAGCCGGGUUGGUAAGGACUUUAGCUGGUUUGAAGAGAUACGGAUUAGACUUCCUCGUGCUGGAUGCUGAACAUGGUAAUUACGAUGAAAAAUCAUUGUACGAUGCCUAUCAUGCUAUAGCUGCGUUGGGUGUUUCUCCUAUUGCUAGAUAUCCAGGUAUGGGUAGUGAGAAAUGGGGAAUAAGGGUUGCGUUAGAUGCUGGUGCACAUGGGAUCAUGAUUCCUCUGCUUGAAUCAAGGGAACAAGCAGAAGAUGUCGUUCACCGAGCAAAGUUCCCUCCCUUUGGCGGAAGAACUUCUGGUGGCAGUUUCCACACUCAAGCCUUCCACUUGACAGGUCAAGGUGAACCUGCAGGACGAACUUUAACUCAAGAGGAGUACGUCAAGAAUGCCAAUGACGCUACGUUAGUGAUCGCCAUCAUAGAGACCAAAGCGGGACUGGAGAAUAUCGAGGAGAUCGUGCAAGUCAAGGGACUAGACGCCAUCUUCAUAGGACAAUACGAUCUCGCACUCUCCCUCGGGUCUCUGCCUCAAUCCGAUCAAAGGGUCAUAAAUGGUGUGGAAAAGAUAUUCCAAACUUCCAAAAAAGCCGGUAUACCCGUCAUAGCUUGGUCACCAGGUGAUGAAGCCAAAGGUGCAAUUGAAAAGGGAUAUGAAGGGAUCAUUGUUGGUCUAGAUACGACAGUCAUCGUCAAUGCUUUCAAAAAGGAUUUGGCCACAGCUGGUGCACCUGUAAGAUGGUAG